AUGGGUUUCCUUCAAUGCUGGAGAAGGUUCCGCCACUGGCCUCAAGUAUCUUCUAUCGACGUGCACACCUUCCGCCUCCUCCAUCCGCCCUCCAGUCCGGUCAACGCCGGUGUCGGCCCUAAUUUUAGAGAUUCACAUGGCCGGACUGCGAUUUUCCUCUAUUUAUGUAUCUGUCAAUGGGAGCCUAGGGAGCCUGACUGGUAUUCUGCGGAGAAGCUUAGAGGAUUUCAGCGCAAGUGGCUGAUGGCUACCAAUCCAGUAGAAGAAGUUGCAAUUUUUCGUCUUGAAAGUACUUUGUGA